AUGUCCUCUGCAAUUGCUUUGGCUGUGCAGCUGAUGCCUACUAGCUGGGAAAGAGAAAUUGUGGGUUAUGGGAUGGAUGCUGCCAACAAAAACUCUCAACAAAAUUCCACUUUUGCCCUUGACCUCACAGUGCAAGGUUCAUUUUAUGAAAUGGUUCAGAACUUCCCACAAGUGGAGGAGAAUGUACAUGUGGAUUCCUACACAUACAGCCACAGAUGGAAACGACGUUCAGAGUCUCUCAAGCCAGUGGACACCAACAGAGCCAGUAUGGGGCAGGACUCCUCAGAACCUGGAGGUUUCACAGAUCUUCUGCUUGAUGACACACAUGACAAUGCUACACAGAUUGAGGAGGAUAUGGAUCACAAUUACUAUACUUCUAGGACAUAUGGCCCUUUUGAUUCUAUCAGCCGAGAUCUGUGGGUGAACAUAGACCAAAUGGAAAAAGAUAAAGUGAAGAUCCAUGGGAUCCUGUCCAACACACAUCGGCAAGCAGCAAGAGUGAAUCUGUCCUUCGAUUUUCCAUUUUAUGGUCAUUUCCUACGUGAAAUUACAGUGGCAACUGGGGGCUUUAUAUAUACAGGAGAAGUUGUGCAUCGAAUGCUAACAGCUACACAAUACAUCGCUCCCUUGAUGGCCAACUUUGACCCUAGUGUUUCAAGAAAUUCAACUGUCAGAUAUUUUGAUAAUGGUACUGCACUGGUAGUCCAGUGGGAUCAUGUACAUCUACAGGACAAUUACAACCUGGGCAGUUUCACAUUUCAAGCAACACUUCUCAGUGAUGGGCGUAUAAUUUUUGGCUAUAAGGAGAUUCCUGUAUCAGUAACACAGAUAAGCUCAACCAAUCACCCUGUGAAAGUGGGGCUGUCAGAUGCAUUUGUGGUCGUCCAUAGGAUCCAGCAAAUUCCCAAUGUUCGUAGAAGGACAAUAUACGAGUAUCACCGAGUGGAACUUCAGAUGUCAAAGGUCACCAAUCUGUCAGCUGUUGAGAUGAUUCCUCUGCCCACCUGUCUCCAGUUUGACAGCUGUGGUCCCUGUGUUAUGUCCCAGAUUGGUUUCAACUGCAGCUGGUGUAAUAAACUCCAAAGAUGUUCCAGUGGAUUUGAUCGUCACCGGCAAGACUGGGUUGACAAUGGCUGUCCUGAAGAGUCAAAAGAUAAGAUUUGUGAGAAGAAUGCAGACACAACUGAAAUGCCUCCCCACACCACUGUUGCUGUACAGCAAACUACAAUGAGAUUCAGAGUUUUAACUACUACCAAAGGAGCCACGACAUCGCAUCUGCCAACUAGCCUGCCCACAGAAGAUGAUACCAAGAUAGCUCUACACCUAAAAGAUAAUGGAGCUUCCACAGAUGACAGUGCAGCAGAGAAGAAAGGUGGAACUCUUCACGCUGGCUUAAUUGUUGGGAUUUUCAUCUUGGUCCUGAUUGUGGCAGCUGCUAUACUUGUGACAGUUUACAUGUACCACCAUCCAACCUCAGCAGCCAGUCUCUUCUUUAUUGAGCGUCGUCCAAGUAGAUGGCCUGCAAUGAAAUUUCGAAGAGGCUCUGGCCAUCCUGCAUAUGCUGAAGUGGAACCAGUUGGCGAGAAAGAAGGCUUCAUUGUAUCAGAGCAAUGCUAGGAUUUCUGUGGCAGAUCACCAGUACUGGCCUACCGGUGUAAGACGUUUCAUCUGCCUCUCACUAAAGGAAAGGAAACCUAAACUGCUGUAACCUGAGAAAGACAGAAUAGAAUUCUGGGUAAAAUGUUCUCCAAGGGGAAAAAAAGAAGUUCAUGGGAUCACUGAUCAUCCUUGCCCAGAGCAAGACGGUGUAAAAUAUUUCAUUCCCACAUCUCAGACAACCCUGCAAUCUAAGAAUAUGGACACAAUUGCCAUGCACUUGGUUUCAGUGUAAGACUAAUCAAGGAAAUGUAUACAAAGCUUUCGCUCAAAAAAGUGCUUCCCUGUUUGAUCCAGCUGCUCUCUGAUGUUUUUAAGGGUCACAAACGGUUACCCUUUUCAUGCCCAGGGGCAAUGAUCCUCAUUGACAAGGCUACUGACAAGAACUGUCUGGUGCACAUAACAUAGCUAAGCAAUUUUCUAUACUUCCAUGAGUAAUACAGUCUUGGGGUUUUCUUUUCUUUCCAUUCCAUA